UUUACCAGUGCUGUACAUAUUUACCAUAUAAGAUCCUAUGUGUUUUUAAAUGCAGAUGAUGUUUUAUGUAGCGAGUGCAAGGCAACUUGAAGUUGCCAACAAUGGACAAACAGCACCAGAAAUUGCGGUGGAGAAGCAGACGUUUGAGGGUUGUCAAGUCCUGAGAAAGAAGAAGAAGAAAACAAACUAUAGAUUGGAGAUCAGGGAGAAUGUGGUUGGCGCACAGAACGCCAGUCAAGCCCGCCAUUGUAGGACCUCUUCUCUCAUCCUUUCUAAGAUGGAAAAACUCCCCCAGUGCCCCCGCCUUUGCUCUCCCUUUUCAUUGGGCAUCCUAACCUAGCUAGCUAAUUAAUUCCCACCCCCCCUCAGGUUCUGAAUUCUUGAGGCGAGCAGUUACGGGAGGGAGAGGGAGUGGGGAGGUUUCCGGCCCGUGUUUCAACGUAGAUCUUGGCCGGAAAUUCGUCUCGAUCUUAUGGACUCCGUGACUGCUGCGUCCCCGGAAUCGGAUCCUAAUUCAACUACCACGCCAUCGCCGCCGCCUCCUUCCACAUCCGACUCUCCCCCACCGACCUCAUCUCCUCCGCCGGAAUCUUCUCCUCCUCCGCCGCCUCCAGCCGGGAGCAAAUCCCCACCGCCUCCAAAGGACUCUCCUUCGCCACCCCCACCCGCCGAGUCACAACCGUCGCCACCGCCGCCGGCCAAUUCAGAAGGCUUGCCACCGCCUCCGCCUGAUGAUUCAGAUCCGGACGGCGCCGCCGCUUCCCCACCGCCGCCUUCUGAAAGCGGUUCCCGCAGCCCCAGGACACCAGCAUUGAAUCAUGCACCCGCCCCGCGGUCUCACGGUAAAACGCCGCCGUCUCUAGACGGGCCUUCGCCUCCACAUUCAUCAUCAAGCAAGUCAUCUCACUCUUCAUCCACAUCGUCUAGUGACUCUAAAUCAUCGUCCUCAUCUUCGUCGACGUGGUCUUCUUCCGUGGAUAGUACCGCUGUUAUUAUAGGCGUGGCCGUCGCCGGUGUUCUGGUUCUUGCUCUGGUCAUUAUUUUCUUAAUAUGUUUCUCGAGGAAGAAGAGGAAGGAGCACUAUUACAUGGAUCCUCCCCGAGGACAUGAAGGCGAGUACUACAACGGCUUAACGCCCUGGAGCAACAGUCCCCAUCCUGGAGAGCACGUGGUCAAGCUUCCUCCGCCGCCAGGUCUAAUGGGAACACCGCAAGGCGGACACGGCGGCUGGGGGACACCGAUGCAGCCGCAGCCUGCGUCGGGCAGCGAAUACAGCAGUUCUGGGCAGCACUACAUGGGCAUGCCACCCCCAUCGCCGGGCCUCGGCAUGAGCCAGAGCAGCUUCACCUACGACGAGCUAGCGGCGGCGACGAGCGGCUUCUCGCAGGCGAAUGUGCUGGGGCAAGGCGGGUUUGGGUACGUGCACAAGGGCGUGUUGCCAAAUGGAAAGGAGGUGGCCGUGAAGAGCCUGAAGAUGGGAAGCGGGCAAGGCGAGAGGGAGUUUCAAGCCGAGGUUGAAAUCAUUAGCCGCGUCCAUCAUCGCCAUCUUGUGUCGCUCGUGGGAUACUGCAUUUCUGAUGGCCAGAGGAUGUUGGUCUAUGAAUUUGUUCCCAACAAAACCAUGGAGUUUCAUCUUCAUGGAAAAGGCCAGCCAAUCAUGUUGUGGUCAACUAGGAUGCGCAUUGCUUUGGGAUCUGCCAAAGGGCUUGGCUACCUUCACGAAGACUGCCAUCCACGGAUUAUCCAUCGUGACAUCAAGGCUGCCAACAUUCUCCUGGAUAAUAACUUUGAAGCCAUGGUGGCAGAUUUUGGAUUGGCCAAACUCUCUUCUGAUAAUUACACUCAUGUUUCCACACGUGUGAUGGGGACCUUUGGGUAUUUGGCUCCGGAAUAUGCAUCAAGCGGCAAGCUGACGGAGAAAUCCGAUGUUUUCUCGUUCGGAGUCAUGCUCUUGGAACUCAUAACCGGGCGGCGACCAGUGGAUCCUAGUAAUAUGAUGGAGGACAGCUUAGUGGACUGGGCAAGGCCACUGAUGCAACGAGCAAUAGAUGAGGGCAACUACGAGGAGCUGGUGGAUCCCCGCCUAGAGAACAACUACGACCCCCACGAGAUGCGGCGCUUGGUGGCCUGCGCCGCCGCUAGCAUCCGUCAUUCUGCUAGAAGACGCCCCAAGAUGAGCCAGAUUGUACGUGCGUUAGAGGGAGACUCAUCGCUGGAAGACCUGAAUGACGGGAAGGCAGGGCAAAGCUCGGCCAACAGCACGCAGUCGUACCCGACAACGGAGACAUCGAUAUACGACACGGGAGCCUACAACGCGGACAUGAUGAAGUUCAGACAGAUGGUGAUGUCGGACCAGGACUAUACCAGCAGCGAGUACGGCGCCACCAGCGAGUAUGGCCUCAAUCCGUCCUCUUCCAGCAGUGAUUCGCGUGAGAUGGAUCACUCCGGAAUGCAGCAGAAGCAGAAGCAGAAGCCAUAGACCCUAAACCACCUCAUUAAUUAAUUAAAUGAGACCACAAACAAUUCAUUCAUUCGUACUGCGUGCAUGCGUUGAUUAAUGAUCCAUUUUUCGUGCUGAUGGAGAAGAAUUCUUGGCUCUGAUCAGGUUGUUUAUUUAAAGAAGCGGACGAAAAUAAAGAGUCUUACUUUGGACUGAAGAGAAGUUAAAGUUUCAAGAUCCAUCAUUUGUGUUCAACUCGGAGCUGGGUGUAAUAAAUAUUUAGAAAUGUAUGAGCAAAUUGGGAAAAUUAUCGUAUAUAAUCAU